CGGUGUGACUGUGGGUCCGGCGCGCCGAGGCGCGGGGCGGGCGGUGUUGGCCGCGGGUGGGAUUCUAAACCGUUUGCGAGGUGGGGGUCGCGGAGAAGCCGUUGGAAGGCCGCAGGGAAGGCCGUGUGCGUGGCGUUCCCGCCCCGGCGCCCUGGGUCAUGGACUACCGGCGGGUCCUGAUGGGCCGGGUGGUGCCCGGCCAGUUCGACGACGCGGACUCCGACAGUGAGAACCCAGACUUGAAGACAGUCAAAGGGGAAGGUGGCGUUCUGUCUGAAGACUUUGAAGGUCACGUGAUUGCGGAGAAGGGCGAAGGUGAGAUAGAAGAUGAAGAGGACGAGGACUAUGACGAAGACGACAGUGACUGGGAAUGGGAUGAUGGAGUGGGACGGCUCACCAGGGGAAAUGGCUGGAGUGGCGGGAAUAACCCCCAGGCAAAUCGACAGACUGCCCACUGCACUGCAGCCAAAAUGUCUACUCCAGCUGACAAAGUCUUACGGAAAUUUGAGAAUAAAAUUAAUUUAGAUAAGCUGACUGUUACUGACGCCGUCAUAAAUAAAGUCACUGAGAAGUCUAGACAGAAGGAAGCAGAUCUGUAUCGCAUCAAGGAUAAGGCAGACAGAGCGACAGUAGAACAGGUUUUGGAUCCCAGAACAAGAAUGAUUUUAUUCAAGAUGUUGACCAGAGGGAUCAUAUCAGAGAUUAAUGGCUGUAUUAGCACAGGAAAAGAAGCUAAUGUAUACCAUGCUAGCACAGCAAAUGGAGAGAGUAGAGCAAUCAAAAUCUAUAAAACUUCCAUUUUGGUGUUCAAAGAUCGGGAUAAGUAUGUAAGUGGGGAAUUCAGAUUUCGUCAUGGCUAUUGUAAAGGAAACCCUCGAAAAAUGGUGAAAACCUGGGCAGAAAAAGAAAUGAGGAACUUAAUCAGGUUAAACACAGCGGAGAUACCAUGUCCAGAACCAGUCAUGCUGAGAAGUCAUGUUCUCGUCAUGGGUUUCAUUGGUAAAGACGACAUGCCAGCACCACUCCUGAAGAACGUCCAGCUAUCUGAAUCCAAGGCCCGCGAGUUGUAUCUGCAGGUCAUUCAGUACAUGCGGAGGAUGUAUCAGGAUGCCAGACUUGUUCACGCCGAUCUCAGUGAAUUUAACAUGCUGUACCACGCUGGGGACGUGUACAUCAUCGAUGUGUCUCAGUCUGUGGAGCAUGACCACCCGCAUGCCUUGGAGUUCCUGAGGAAAGACUGUGCCAAUGUCAACGAUUUCUUUUUGAAGCACAGCGUCGCUGUCAUGACUGUGCGGGAGCUCUUUGAGUUUGUCACAGACCCAUCCAUCACACGUGAGAAUAUGGACGCUUAUCUCUCAAAGGCCAUGGAACUAGCAUCUCAAAGGACCAGAGAAGAAAGGUCUAACCAAGACCAUGUGGAUGAAGAGGUGUUUAAGCGGGCAUAUAUUCCUAGAACCCUGAAUGAAGUAAAAAACUACGAGAGAGAUGUGGACAUAAUGAUGAAAUUGAAGGAAGAGGACAUGGCCUUGAAUGCUCAGCAGGAUAAUAUCCUGUACCAGACCGUCACAGGAUUGAAGAAGGACCUGUCAGGCGUGCAGGAGGUCCCUGCUCUCCUAGAAAACCAAGUUCAGGACAAGACUUACUCUGACUCAGACGGAGCCGGCAGCUCUGAGUGCUCCGACACAGACUCUGAAGAGCAGGGCGACCACGCCCACUGCAAGAAACACACCACUGACCUUGAUGUUGAUAAAAAGGAAAGAAAAAAGAAGGUCAAGGAAGCCCAGAGAGAGAAAAGAAAAAACAAAAUUCCUAAACACGUAAAGAAAAGGAGGGAGAAGACGGCCAAGACAAAAAGGGGCAAAUAGCACAGGGCCACCGCGUGAGCGGGCGUUUGCAGCGCGUCUGGCCGGUGGCUGAUGGCCUGCAGCUGCACUGUUGCUGUAGCACUGUGAAGAUGGUAGAGAGCUGUCGGGCAGGGAUGCACAAGUUCUGAGCUCCUGGUGCCCUGAGGCAGGCACUUUAUCUGGUGUUGGCAAAGGACUCAUUUAAACUGUUGUAGAGAAGAGCUUCACACAUUUUUAUUUUUCUAUUUUGUCUCCUGCAGAUACGUUUUUGGAAGCAUCAUAAAUAUUUAAGUGUAAGUGUGCUUCAGACAACCCUGGGAGAUUGUUUCUGCUCUCUUUUUACAUGCCAAAGACCGUCUGAAAUUAUUUCAUUAUAAGGCCGUGGCAUAUAGUAUAAAAGGAAUUUUCCUUUUAGGAAAUCCAGCUGGCCAUUGAUGUGUUCGUUUGUUGCCCCUCUGCUCUGUGUUCGUUGAUGGUCAUUUGUGAUGUACUCAUACUGCAUCUUUUUAAAAAAUUUUUCUGAGAGGCAGAACGACAGUGCUCUCUUGUACUAGUAUACUCCUCAAAUACCUGCCAUGGCCAGGACUGGACUAGGCUGAAGCUGGGAGCCGAGAGCUCCAUCCAGACCUUCCGCGUGGGUGGCAGGAACCCAAUGACUUGCACCAUCACUGCUGCUUUCCAGGAUGUGCAUCAGCAGGAAGUUGGAGUCAGGAGUCAGUGCCAGCAGGGACCUAGGCACUCCUAAUAUGGGAUACAGGCAUCUUUUUUUUUUUUUUUUUUAAAGAUUUAUUUAUUUAUUUGAAAGAGUUACACAGAGAAAGGAGAGGCAGGGAGAAAGAGAAGUCUUCCAUCCACCAGUUCACUCUCCAGUUGGACACAGUGGCCGGAACUGGGCCAAUCUGAAGCCAGGAGCUUCCUCCAGGUCUUCCCACGUGGGUGCAGGGGCCCAAGGACUUGGGUCGUCCUCUACUGCUUUCCCAGGCCGUAGCAGAGAGCUGGAUCGGAAGUGGAGCAGCGAGGACUUGAACCGGCGCCCGUAUGGGAUGCCAGCACUGCAGGUGGUGGCUUUACCUGCUGUGCCACAGCACCGGCCCCAGGAUACAGGCAUCUUAAUCAGCAUCUUAACUACUAGACUGAAUACCUGUGUCACACUUCAUCCACCUCAGUUUUGUAUUCACAUGUGUGACGUUUAUUCAUCAAAUAUUUGAGGAUUUUAAGUGCUGUGAUACCACAGUGAACAAAAUAUAAGCAUUGCUACCUUUGAGAAGACAUUAAACAAUAGGUAAAGUAUAUCAGUAGGUGAUAAAUUCUAUGAUGAGAAAUAAUUCAGAAAAGAGAUAUUAAGGUGUUAGGGGUUUGCAGUUUAAGCUAGGGUUCUUAGAAAAGCCACCCUGAGAGGUGCCAGUACUUGACGAAGUUGAGUCGUAUGUGCAUCACAAGGGGAGAGCAUUCCAGGCAGAGCAAACAGGCUGGGGGAGGGCCACGUGGCAGGAGAGGGCUCGACGGUCCAGAAUCCGGGUUGGAGCCUCAUAGUUAAGGGAGAAAUUAGAUGAAAUCCAAGAGCCUAGGGCUGUUGGAGGGUUCUGAGCAGGGGAAUGAUAGGUUCCGACCCCUUGAGAACUACUGGGAAGCCAGGAUGAGAGAGAAAUGGAUGUGCUUACUGUUAUAACCCAAGUGAGAAAUGCUGAUGGCUCCGUCUAGGAUGGUAGCUGUAGACACGGAGAAGUGGUUGAUGUGCUAGGGAGAUGGGCAGAGGGGAGAGAGGUGACUUCAUACGACUUACGCAGCUGAGAUGAUCGGCAUGGUCACAUUCUGUGAUGGGAAGUGUUGUGGGUGGGGCGGUUUGGGGAUAAGAGGGUGAGAGCCAACGAAGGCUUAGGUUGCAGCAAAGCACAAAUCUUAAAACAAAUCCCUAUUUUUAUAUUUUUAACCAUAUACUUUGUCAGAAAUGGUUGUUAGCCAUUGUGUUCAGAAACUUUGUUUAAACCCCUAGUUUCCAUGUACACUGAAACUUAUGCCAUUUUGUGUGAUGGUAGGUUACUGAAAUAUCACACUUUAUGGUGUUCGUAAAAUCUCCCUCCUUGAAUAAACUCUCAGAGUAUGAAGUGUAGUGUCAGUGAGACACAGAAGUACUGUCCCAAAUGACAUAGGCUAUAAUUAACGCAAGAAGAGCAAAACAAAUUGGGCAACCCUCUAUACAUUUGGGGUUUUCCAAUUCUAGUAUUUGCAUUGACUGCUCUGUGACAACGUAUGUUCCUAUUCGGCACUCAAGCUCCUCAGACACCUAUCGCUGAAUCCAGUGCAGUUUCUAAGUUUGGAGUCAACUCUAGGCCCAGAGGUGCAUUGACAGGAAUGAGGGGCAGUUCAUUCUCUUGUGUUGCUGUGGGUGGGAGGAAGUAGUUUCCCGAGUGUGAGGAUCUGGGCUGUCGGGGAAUUCGCACUUGAGGCACAUUCUGCGGAUGGCUCUGCAGCUGGGCACUGCCUCCCCAUUUGGGUUCUGGGUUGGAAGGCUGUGCGCUGGCCAAACCACGUGUCUGACGUUGUUUCCCUCGUUUCUAUCUUCUUGUCCAAAGGCUUGGUAGAAAGAACCUGGGCCGAGGCAGACUGCUUAGAAGGCUCCUUGUCUUGUCUUAUGGUUGAAUUUGAUCGCCUGACAGGUUUUCCUGUUAAUGGGUUAUGGUUUGUACAGUUACUUUCCAUUUGGAAAGAUGAGGUUUGGAACUCUUGGCCCCAAGCUGAAAACAUUUUGUCAAUUGAUGUAUUUGAUUUUCUGUCAUAUAUUGUUGGUUUUUUUUUCCCCAUUACUCCAAAUACUUGUUAUGCAAGUGUUUCUGAAGGUUUACUUUGAGAAGUCGGAAUGGAGCACAGAGUUGCAGUCCUUUCCUGUACGCUGCUGUAGUUCGCAUUCUUGAAGCAGAACCUUGCUCCGCCUGUGGGCUCCAGCGUUCGAGUGUGGUCUUGGAAGAGGUGGGAACCGUGGCUGCUGUUUGCCCAGGUCUGGUCAAGGAGGAGCCCACGGUUCUUGGCCGACAUCAGCUCUUCUUCAGCUCUGUCUGUAGUUUGGUGAAGAGCAGACUCCGAGAGCAGCUUGUAGCUGGUGCUGAGUGGUUCGGGCUGCUCCCUGCUGCUCCAGUGCACUGGUUACCUGUGCCGUGGGCUGCUUCUCGACUGAGCGCAUCUCAUUGUGUGGCUCUCCUGUCGCUCACCUUUUGGCUCAGAAACAAAAUGAAAUGUGAAAUGCCAGGCCCCUGGAUGAUCUCUCUUUAAAAAAAAAUGCUUUUCAUUUUCAAAAGCAUAACAAGCUUUCUAAUUUUUAUUUGUCUAUCAACUUAGUAAGGAAAAACCUUGAAUGCUGUGUGCUUUACUUGACUCUCUGAAGUUUCUGUUUUGCUGGUAGAAGGAGCAGCAGCAGGAGCGACCUCCCUGGCAGUGUAGCCACCUGUGAAGAUGCUGUGUAAGCUCAUAGUAUGGGUGUGGUGUUCAGCCACUGGGGCCAUAGAUAGCAGCUUUGCUUUGUUGUCCCUUGACUUGGAUUGGGUUCCCACGUUCCCCGCAUUUCAGAUAGAAUGGUUAACUUACUAUCCUUUGGGCUGUGUUGCCUUGGAGGUAUGAGUGUUCCAGAGGAACGCACGGUGUCUGGUGCCAGGUUACUAAGGAGGGGACAGCUCGCUUGCGUCUGUGCCCUCCUGAAGCCUUAGUCCCUGUUUGUGCUGUGAAAGCCGCUGGACUUGAAUUUGGAGAAUGUGACUGCAUUUGUGGUGUGGUUGGCUUGGGUUUUAUCGCUUUGGUUGCUCACCAGGGGGCAGUGGCCUUAGAGAGCUUGCAUGGUAGGCAUGCGGCCACAACACCUUUUUUUCUCUUUUCACAGGGUCAGGGCGGCUUCUGCCACGGCUGUCUCCAGACUUGGAGAUAGCUUCCCAUGUCUUGUAUGGUGACACAGGUUUGUUUCAAAGGCCAGUCACCUUUUAUCAGCUUUUAGCCUUCGCAAAUCCCAUUGGUAGUUGUCACGGUGGGUCUGUCCGGGCCGGAACACUGAAGUCAGGGUGCUGGAAUACAGAGAGGGAGUGAGUGGCGCUGCCUAAGGAGGGCUGCACUUGCUGGCGUGGCUAGGGUGCAGCCCAAGGUGCAGUGGCCAAGGCUGGGCAGCGGAUACAGGCACUGACGGCUGGAAGGACGGCUUGUGGCACAGUCGCUUGGGUUCCAACAGACAGGGUUUAAAGUGUCAGUGACACAAGCCUAAAGUUCAAGCGUGUGAGGAAGGGGCUGGGAGAGGGGCACACCAGUGCGACCAGGGGGGUAGCAGAGGAGGUGGAGGACUCAGGAAAGCUAGGGUUUAAGUCAAGAAGGAAAAGAGCCCUCUCACUGGCAUCUAAGCGUGGGUUCCAGAGGAUACUGUGGAAGUGUUUGGAGAUGCGGAAAGUAGGGAGAGAAGUCUGAUUUUUCACUUUCCCUUGGGUGAAGCCACAUUGCAGAGUUGGACAGAUCAGUUGCCUGGUUCGUAGUAACACUUGAGGGACAGUAGGUCAUAGCAGCCUCUCCUUCGUGGCCUCAUUGCAAAGGAUGCUGGGGAGAGCUAAUGGGGAGUUUGCAGUGGAUGGGUCAGGUCGAUGAUCCCUGAACUCAUUGCUCAUGCAGUGAGAGUAGAACAGCCAGACCCUCAAUGUGCUGCUGUGGUGAGAAAGGAAGGGCACAGAGCCCCUGGAAAAUGCCUCGCCACCCCCAGAACACUGAACCUGGACCUGUGGCCUCCACAUGUAACCAGCAGGGCGCAGGUACGGGGGAGGGAUGAAUCCGGUAUUAGAUGGUAGUAUAGAAUUAUUUUAUCAGAUUUUAUUUGAUGUCAUAGUGAUACUAUGGUUACAUUUUUUAAAAUUGCGUUCCAAGUGGGACUGCUUUAAAAAGUAUUUUUACUGCAUUGCUAUUCGUAAAGUGGUGGCAGAUGAAAUAUUAGCACAAUGUUAACUGCUAAAGCUGCUUAGUAGGCUUGUGAGGGAUUCAUUAUACUGUUUGUAUAGGAAAAUUUCCAAUAGAAGUUCUGAAAAACGAGUCAAGGGACCAGUGUUGCUCCACUUCCAAUCCAGCUUCCUGCUAGUUCACCUGGGAAGGCAGCAGGAGACGGGCAUUGGAGUAGUGAACCAGCAGAUGGAAGGUCUGUCUGUCCUCUGUCUGUCUGUCCUAGCUCUCUGCCUUUCAAAUAUUUUUAAGUGGAUCAAUGUAUAUUGAGUGCUUUGGGAUUUUUCACGUGUUAGUUCUGCAUUUUACAAAUGUCUAUUUUUCUGUAGCUAUUCUAGCAAACUAAUUUACAUACUGAAUUUGCCUACAUCGUCAGGUGCCUUCCCUCCUGUCCAGCCUCUGAGUAGGCUGUAAGCUCUAGAAGGGCAGGGCUUUUUGUUCCAUUUUGUAUCCCAGCACUAGAAUCGUGCCUGACACGUAAAUAUUCAAUAAACAUAUGUUGUGUCUCCGAAACAGAGAGGAGGCUUGUAUGUAUUGAACGCAUCCCUCAUGUUAAUAAAAAUGAGAACUUCUUAUUGAUAGUCUGUUUGCAUCCUCUAGCCCUGCCCCCGGUAACCAGGGGUGACCAACCUGCGUUGGAACUGGGGGUCCAGAGCCUGCCGUUGGUCAAACUCUUGUACAGUACUUAAGCUAAUGGGACCUAUGUAUUCAGAACUGUAUAAUAAAAAUAACCUUCUUGUUUUGAAUUUGAUCUUGAGAGACCGUUUUUAGUAUCAACCAAAAAAGUGAGCUGUGAAUUACCCAAUCCCAAACCACAAUACAUGAAGACACCAAGGCUCAUAUUUAUACACUUUGCCAUCCUUUCCCAAGUGUUAGACUGAAAAAAUAAACAGAAAAGGUGAUUUCAAGAUGUGGUCCUGAGUUUAACAAGGUCUCUGCUUGUGUGAGAAGCAGAUUGUCACCCAGUCACACGGUCAUGAUCCUUCCCUUCAACGGGACGUAAACUAGGACCACGGGCCCAGAGGUGUGGUUGGUGGUAGCCAGCGCUGCCGGUCUGCUUUCUCCUUAAGUAAUCCUCAUACUGGGAGAUCUUUUCCUGCUGCCUCUGCAGAUGAUCAGAUGGCCACAGCCCCAACUUUAGCCCAUUUUGUAUCCAAAGUCCAUCUUGUAUCCAAGAUCCCUUGGCCAUUGCUGGUGACCAGCUGUGGGACGAGGUGAGCCACUUUCCUUUUGGGGGGAAUUCCUCUUCUGUACGUUGAGGGAAGGGGGUCAGAUGAUCAUAAAUUUUCUUUAAAAUCUUAUUUAAGUGUGUGGGUCCCUAAUACCCAUGGAAAUACCAAGGGAAACCUUCCUGGUUCCUGGCUUCAGUUUGGCCCAGUCCUAGUUGUUGUAUUUGGGGAGUGAGAGAGAAAUGGAGCUCUCUCCCCUUCUCUAUCAGUAGUUUUUAAACUACAGACUUACGAGGAACUGCUUGUAUGUAUUGAACGUAUCUCAUGUUAAUAAAAAUGAGAACACUGCUGCCACCCAGGGACUGCAUUGGCAGUAAGCUACAGUCAGCUGGGAAUCGAUCCAAGCCUUUCGACGUGGGAUGCCGGUGUCUUCACCACUAGGCUGAACACCUAUUUCAGUGUGUGUAGUUUUUAACAAAAUAGGAGUUACCACCUAAUGGUAGUACUUUAGUAUAAAUGAUAAAUACAUCUUCAAAAGUGGGACUCAUUGCUUUUAAAUGUAUAGGUUUAAAAAUGAAUAUAUAUAUAUAUAUAUAUGUUUUUAAAAUUGGUCACAAUAAUACCUACAUUUGAAAAAUAGCAAAUGUGUAGGCAAUCAAUGUUUGGUGUGUGUAUAUAUGUUUGUGACUUCUUGAAAUGCUAAUUGAGAGCUACUAAUGUAUAGAAUUGCUAUAAAGACUUAAUAUUUUAGAAAAUGUUCAUAAAGGAAUAAGGAACAAAGUUAAGUAU